AUGAACGAGAAGCCCGCUUAUUACAACACACCACCUGCUGGCUACGGCCUGCCUCAAGGAUACCCUGGUCAGCCUCCCCAGCAGCAAUACGGCGGUCCCCCGCAGUACGGCCAGUACCCGCAAGACCAGUCCCCACAGCCUUAUUACCAGCCACCUCCAGGCCAGAUGGCGCAGUACGGGGCGCCCGGAGCGCAGCAGCAGGGUACAGCUCAGUCCUACUACCAGCAGCCUGGGCAGCCCCAGCAGCAGUAUUACCCUCCUCAGCAGCCGCAGCAGUAUUACCCUCCUCAGCAGCAGCAGACGCCUGCGCCUGCGCCGGCACCCGCACCUCAGGAGCAGCACCACGACAAGCCGAAGAAGGACGGUAAGGUCGGCAAGAUCUUCAAGAAGAUCGGCGACGGCAUUGUCCGCGGCUUCGGCUGGGGUCUCGGCAUGCGCAUGGCCAAUGAGCUCGUCAACGCUUGCUGCCGCGCAUGCUAA